CCAGGUGCCGGAGGAUUUACCUUUGCAGGUGAUGUUUUUAUACUUUUGAGAGGUAAGUGCGAAGAAAAAUUGUUUAAAACCAUCCUCUGACACCUGUUAUUACGUCACCGAUAACUGUCUUUGCGCGGAGAUGUUGCGUGGAGCAAAAAAACUCCGAUUUCAUUGGAGUGUUUGUGCAAUAUUUAUGCGUGACAAAUUUGCACGCAAGCACCGUUUACUCAGCAAAUUUGUGGUGACAUUAACAUAUCACUUUCCUGUUAUGGGGGUGACGGUUUCCUCUAAGAGGGAAAACAGAAUCCAUAAACAAGUCCCCAAGCCAUCAUUUGCCAGCUUUUCGACAUCUGGUACAUUGACUACUGAUUCAUGCAAUCGCGAAGAUGUCGAAGGUGAGCUUUUUCAGAAGCCUUUUGAGUAAAUACAAGCUAUCAUCAUUUUUUACAGCAUGGCUAACGAAGUAUACGACUUGAUUGGCUCCUUGUACCAGCUGAUACUUUGCCUCACUUUUACAUAUAAAUGAUGAUACCGAUUCGCUGCGUGUUCAGUAAAAAGAUUAAGUUUUAUUUAUUAUUUUGUUUGUUUUGAUGUCUGUCUUCGCUCUCGAACGUCUUCGAGUUCGAAAUCAAAACAAUUAACGGAUACAUUUUAAACCUUUAUAUUGUAAUAAGCUUUAAGUCUUACAUUUUUUAUGACUACUGGUGAUAAUGAAGUUAAUGUAAAUUUACAGGGAAGUUUUUUUAUUCCAUUGGUUUCUCCGGUUUUAUGAAGAAUUUAAAAAAAACUCACGACAAAGAUAUCCCGCAAGUCUGGUAUCGAUCCAAGGGUCUCUUAAGGCCUGUUUCAAACUUCGUGCUACUGCUGUGCUACUGAAGCCGUCUCGACUGUAGCUCGACUGCAGCAUGACACUAGCACGACAUGGUUUCAGACGUUGAAUUUAAUUCAGUCGAAUAGAACGGCUGUGGCCGAAAACAAAACAAAAAAAGACAGAAACCAAGUCAAGCUACUGCUGUGUAGCAUGGCAAGGCUUGCCUUGCUAAAGUCGAAUUUAAUUCAAUCAAUUGAGUUCGGCACGGCAGUAGCAUGACAUUUGAAACAGGCCUAAACCAACAUCAAGUUUUCCCCUGACCUUCUGGUUACUAGUCCAGGUGCCCUACCACUGAGUUAUAAGGGACUCAUUGAUGCUAAGGCCAUUGGUAAAAAGAGAAUUCAGUUCCUAAAUGGAAUUGAAAAACAAACACCUCUGGCAUAGUUGCCCAAAUGUUUCAUGCUACUUGUAGUUUGAUCUGUGCCCCAGGCUAAAAUUUCCCCAAAAUGUAAAUGUUGUUUUCGAUUCCACAGGUCAUCGCAUGGUUUUUUAGCACAUAGAUUUCAGCUUUAAAAACAUUUUUUGAAUCAUUACAGUCAUGAAAGCAACUGUUGAUGUCCAUACUUUAUGUAGGAUGACACAUAAUAUCCUAAUUCUCACCCAAAUUAUGAUUGAAGAACUGAAUCAAUAGACCUUUUUACCGAUGUGGCAGCCAUAUUUAAGGAGUACAGUAUUAUGUGAUGCCCAAGAGGCAUUAACACGAUCCGAUAUACUCGCUCAGUAUUUACACGCGCUUUACGGGCCAAUUUUUCUUUAAGUUUUCCCAGAAAAAGAUAGUAAUGGGAAAAAAAGAUCGUUGUGCCGUGUUGAAUGUAAAUUAUAAUAAUCAUCUUUUUCCAAAGAAAUGUACAGUGAAGUUCUCUUUUUGCCAAAAAGCGCGUGUAAAUACUGAGCGAGUGCCCCUUGGGUAUCCCAUAAUACUUCUUAACUCUAAUAAAUUCAAUAGUUGGCGGCGGUAUUGGUAAAAAGGUGUAUUUGUCUGUAUUGGGGGUGGAAAGGGGGUAAUACUGCAAAAGAGGCAGCCUCUGGAUUUAUGAUCUCCAAAAGUUGGCCUUUCUGCCAUAAUAGUGUCUGUUGCCAUCAUUGUAGCGGAUUACUUACUCAGAGUGGCAUAAGAGUCUUUCAUAAAGGCACUAUUACACUGAUAUAAGCUUUCAUUAUGGGAGGUUUAUGUGGAACGUUGUUUAUAGUAACACCCCUCAAAAGAACAUACAAUAUUACAUUAGUCCAGCAUAUGGGUGUUUGCAAAGAGGACUAACUGAUGAUUCUUUUCAUUAAUUUUUAUUGCUAAGUAGGGGCAACUUCAGAAAACACAAGCAUGAUUGAAGUGACCGUGGGCCAGUAUGAUGACUGCUUGGAAGAUGGAACGUAAGCUGGGCAACUAUUCAUCUUAUUCUAAACUCUGCCACCUGGUUAGCUCAGUUGGGAGAGUGCCAGUCUAAUGAACUGGAGGUCACGGAAUCAAACCCCUGCGGGACCAACAAUCAUGGUCUUAAAUAACUGAGAAGAAAGUGCUGCUUUUGUUAUGACAUAAGGAGAAAAAUUGUAGGUCCUGUCCCACAGCACUUUCACAUGUCUGGUUCUUUUUGGACUCAAAAGAACCCACGCCACUGUUCACAAAGAGUAGGAGACGUAGACCCCCUUGGUGUGGCCAACCUUUCCUGGGCUGGGUGGGUUAUCUGUAAUAAGGAGAGAUCUUAAUAUAAGGACAACCUCAUGAUCUUCCUUCAGGUGUCAUAAUGGCUACCUGUUAACAGUGUAGAUGUAUAACUCUUUUCUUGUUUUAAUUUACAGUGCAGGUGCUUGUGCAACUGAGACUGUUAGGAUUAGGGUUAGGGGUUCGCACAUCUGCAAUUUAAACCCACCAUUCAACUCUCAAAGAAAAAUUGUAGGGUCUGGGUAAAAUACUAAAACACAAGACCAAAUAGUUCCAAUUGAGUCAUUAUGUAAAGCCAUUGAAAUGAUAAAAAAAAUGAUUUAACUGCAUUCAUACAGUGUAAGAACACUGUGUGAUUUAAGUAUGUUACAUUAUAUAGUUGGGUGAUUAUGCUAGCAGUUACCUCAAGUUAUGUCCAAAUAUACACAGUUUUAUGAUGUAGAUAAACAUGUUUUCCCUUACUGUAUCCUUACCUAAAAGAAAGCAUUUCUCUGUCCAACAUAAAAGAAAGAAAAUACAAAAAAUGUAUUAUAUGGCAUACCCAGUUAAGGUUCUAGUUAUGUGCAUUUCUGGACAUAAAUAGUCAUCUUGGCCAAAACAUUUCUUAGUGAUUUAGAGAAACAUAAACAUGUUAAAACUAACAAGAUAAUGUUCUGACAUUUCAAAGACCUUGACUCUUUUUGAAUUUGCAUCUAAGUAUUGCCUGUUCCUUGGUGAUGGCAUCAUAUGUUGUUGCUGAAACAGCGGCACAUUAUCUCAUUAGUUUAUACAUGUUUAUGUUUAAAUAAAUUCAUGGUUUGCUUGUAGGAUGAAGACAAUAGACAUUGGUGAGUCAGGGAAAGCACUACUGGUGCGAGAGAAUGGACAGUACUAUGCAAUUGGUCAUAAGUGCACCCACUAUGGAGCUCCCCUUGCCACUGGACACCUAUGCAAUGGUCGAGUACGCUGCCCUUGGCAUGGAGCUUGCUUUAAUGUCAAGACUGGAGAUAUUGAGGAUUUUCCUGGUUUGGAUAGUGUACCAAAAUUUGAGGUACAGAAGCUAUAAUUUAUUAUAAUAUUGGAGGAGGAAAGCCCUACAUAACUCAGGACUGUCACUAACUGAUUUCAAGUUCAAACAGAACAGAUGGAAAUUGCUGUUGCUCAAAAUAUCUAUAAGUUAGUCCUAUCUGUUCUUCCGUAGGUUGCCUAAACUGUGUGCACUUGCACAAUUAGUUUUGGCUCCAUUAAAGCGUAUACCAUAUUGUAGACAUUUUUGGAGGAUCAGAGCCACCCUCAAUGUGAGCACACUAUUACUGACAAGGCACAUGACAGGAAAAAAUCCCAAAGAAAAUGUAUUGUGUGCUGUUAAAUAACAAACUAAAUGCACCAGUCAGUUAAAUAUUAAGUAAAUAAAAGGGCACACAUAUUAAAAUUGUGUGCACACACACAGUUAACCUACACUAACUAAAUGGAUACUUAAAUGAUUAAAUUAACAAAUGAUAUGGCUGCGGGCUGAUUACUCUAUCAGAUCACCUGAUGUAUUAGAUUCUAACUUAGUGGUCUAACUUAGAAUAAAGAGGAAAAAGGCACUUAUUAGUUACAAUGUUCAAAGUAUUCAAUAAUAAUAAUAAUUAUUAUUAUUAUUGAAUACUUUAAACAUCGUAACUAAUAAGUGCCCUUUUAUUGCCCCACGUACCAUCGGGAGUGGUUUGUGAUUUGUCUUAGUCAUGGAAUUUUUUUUAACCCACUUGUAAAUUGAUGCAUUUGCUUUUAUUCAUUUGCCUACUAUUUUGUUUCCUUUAGGUGGUUAUCAAGAAUGAUAAUGUCAUAGUCAGAGCACAUCUAGAGGUAUCUGAAUAUUUUUAUACAGUAUUACUCCCUGAAUUUUCUUUUUUGGGGGGGGUACUCAACAGAGUCUUUUAUGGGGAGGCUCCACCCUGAGUUCCAAUUCUUACCCUUUUACAUACCAUUUUUGUAAUAACUGCUUGUAACCCCCUCUAACCCCCCUGUAAAUCCGUUGUAUAUAUAUUGUAGAUAAUUAUUUUAAUUUUUAAGCCUAGGUAUCUUAUUGUAAAUAAUUCUUGAAUUCCCCGCACCCAAUUUUAGCCCAUUUAUUGAACUAACCAACUAAUCACAAAACAAAAACAACUGUUUACACUGUUUAGACACCAAAAAAUUAAACAAACUCUAUACGUUCGAUCCGGUCAAGGUAAAUUGAAUAAACAAAACCACUUAUAAUGACUGUCAAUCAUCAGGAAAGCACAACUAAAAUCGUUACGAGGAAAUGGAUUACAGGAUUUCAACCAAAAUAUAAAAAAGAACAAAAUUUAACUGUCCGCUUGUAAAAAUCCACAAUGAAACUUGUUUACUGUUCAGCGAAUAUAUACUUGCUAGUUUACAUAUCACACUUUCUUCCCAUAAUCUCACGCCGGCACUUAAAACACACUGCCGACAAAUGCAUUUUGUGCUUGGGAAUUAAGAAACCAUUAUCUUUUGUUUCAUUACGCUUCGCUACAUUCAGGCAAAGAUAAAUGAACAAUUCUUGAAUUCCCCCGCACCCAAAAAAACUGACAACCAGAAAUGCGGUGCGGGAUAAGCAGACAAUUCACAAUCAGUGGCAAAAGCAUAUAAGGAUACAAUAUAAGGCAAUGUUCAUUAAGCAAACAUAUUUACAGUGUAAUAGAUAGCUAAUCGCUUGGAUACCAUAAGGGUACUGUCCAAAAAUUGUUAAGCAUAUCCACCUGCGGCAAGGAUUCUGUGUCAUCAAGCAACGUUAAGCCAUCAGAAUUAAUUGGGCAAAUGUAAAUCUCUCCAUACUGCAACAAACAACACAACUCUCAAGCAAUGUUUAUCAAGUAAAUCACAUACUGAAAAUUAAAGAGCCAAAUUUCUAGAUACCACAAGGGUAUUUUCCAAAGAUUCAUCGACAUAACCAUCUGCGGCUUGGAUACUGCGCCAACCACCAUGUUCACGCCAUACUCUCCCAGAAACUCCGCUGCGUGCUGCUUGGGAAGCACCACCUGAACGAAGGCUAUGUAAACCAAAAUUGUUCGAGUCUAAACCAAGUUCGAAAUCAUUUGACGAAACUGUUCCCGUGCCGAGAAUAUGACAGAGCAGCUUGUCGCAGCUUGUACCCGGCACCCAAUUUCUGGCAGAGACAAAAUAAUGACUGAGAUGGUUGAUGCUCUCCGCGCUCAAGGAAUAACUCUAACAGUUUCACUGGACAAGAGCUGGAAGGUAAACGAGCAACUUUAACCACAGAUCCCUGACGGAAUUGAUCGUUCUUACGCCUGUCUAGGAAAAUAGACAUGUGGGUGGCGCAAAACCUUAAGUCACAGGUACGUAAGUCAUGCAGCUCUGACCAACGUAGGAAAGCACAAAAACCAAGCGCAACCAGCGACACCAUUUGUAGGUUCGGUAGAGAAGCACGAGGGUGACCAUAGGAACGAAUCAGCGCCCUGACGUGAUGAGAUUCAAUAGGCUGCUUUUUCCUAGAUGGACCAGCCAAGGUCUGAGAAACGAGCGGAUCGUCGACAGGAUUAGGACAUCCAAGUUUCUUAUGUAGCCAUGCAAUGCCAUAAGCUGCUCCAAGGAUUGACGAGCGAGAUAAGCCUCGGUCUGAAAGACUUGUUAAGUAGAGAGCAGCUGCGGUUGGGUUAGACUGUAAAGGAGGAAACGAGUAACACUUGCACCAGUCAAUCCAUCGAUUGGCUGCCCCUGCAUACGAAGACACGGUUGAAGCGGCACAGUCAUUAAGUAUGACAGUCUUUAACAGUUCUACAAGCCUCUGAAUCUCCGCGUUGCUCCGUUGGUAAGGCGACAAGCCUAAAGUGAAAAUCAACAAUGUCCAAAACAUGGCACUUUAAAGACAGGAACAACAUCCAAUUGCUACAGAACACUAAACGCCAAGAAGAUACACAUCGCCUGCAACGAGAACUGCCCACAUGGCAAGUUAACACAGCACCAGUACACACUCCAGCACAAGGAGGCUUGGCCCACUCGGCGCCAACUGGUAAGCAAAUCCACACAAAGGAUAGAGGAGUCCACUUGACUCUAAAAACGAACACACUACUGUGUCGGCAGUGCCCUCUCGGCUUGCUUCAGCUGCACAACUCGUGCGUACUAGUACAGUUCCAAGUCCACUGACUUGCAAAGAGCAAAGGCCCACACCUAGGCCAAAAAGGCUCAGAUAGAACAAAAACAAAUAAUUAGGAUGAACAACUCGUUCAAGGUACUCAUCUAAUACCGAAAAAACGUUCUACAGCAAAACUAAGGAAACACAAUUCUCAAAGCAAAUACCCUACACGAGGGAAUACCAUGCCCGAAAAGAUCAUGACUGCGGAACCAGGGAGAAAAGUAGAUUCAUGUAAAGGAAUCUCCCGCCAGUCAAGAACAAAAGGGUGGAAAACCCCGGGGCUUCGAGACACCAACGGCCACCAAUGAGCAGAUUGCCAAAAGGGGAUAAUGAGAGUGCCCUGCUCUCUACCCAGUUUCAUGUGAUUGAGAACCCUGGGAAUAAGGAACACUGGGGGGACCAACCAAUUGUUUUCCCCUCCCCAGCUGACGGUAAAAGCAUCAACAGUUUCGGUCCCAGGACACCACCAUCGAGAACAAAACCUGAGCAACUGGAAAGAAUUAUGACUCGCAAAACGAUCUACAGUGUGGGGUCCCCACAGAAUAUCCAACUGGCGAAAAUGGACAGGGUUGAGCAUCCAAUCAUCGGUGUCGACAACUUUCGACCAAUAAUCAGCUUUGAAAUUAAAGUGGCGAGGUAUCCACUCCGCAGAAAAGCGAAUACCGGCUUCAUGGCACAAAUUGUAAAUGGCAAACCUUCUUUUUGCAAAUGAGGCUUACUACUGCCGACGGACAAAAUACUGCAGACGCUCUGAUUGUCAGAUCUAUGCUUGCACUCCUUACCCGCCAAAAGACCGGAAAACGACUGAAGAACAAAUCUAAUUGCACGAAUCUCGCGGAAAGAAGAGCUGCAUAGGGCCUCGGAACCCAACCAGUUCCCUCUAGCGAUGUGCGUACCAAAUUGAACAAUAAAUCCCGCCCAACCCACAUUGCUGGCAUCCGAAUAAGACAAAAGCUCUAUCUUCGGGAGGGCCUCCAGAUUGGUUUGCCGCACAAACGAAAGAAAUUAUCUCUCCAAAAAUUAAGCUCCUCUACAGCUUCACGCGUUAAAGCAACCUUGCAGCUAAGGCUAUGAACGCUAUUAAGGACUGCGUACAAGGCUCGGGUGCGUAAACGCACAAUUGGACCUAAAGCGAGCUCCAUGGAAAUAAGGGUACCCGUGUCUGAGACACAUCCCUAGCCGUGGGUGAAACAUCGUCAAGAAGCAGUGAAAUCAGAUUAAACAGGUGAUCAAUCUUGCCUGGUGGGAUACUAAAUUCUCCUUUGGUAAGGUCCAAAAUAAAGCCUAAGUGCUCCCCUUUUGGCGCGGCUCAAAAUUGCUCUUCUCCUCAUUCACUAGCAGGCCAAGGCGAUCAAGAUCGCCUCGCACAAGUUGCGCUUCCUGAGAACACGAAUCUUUACUUGAAUCGGUGCCGAUCCCGUCGUCCAAAUAGACAGAAAUCCUAAUGCCUUGUGACCGCCAGUGUGAAACAACUGGUCUUAACAAUUUGGUGAAAACGUAAGGAGACGUGCUUAAACCAAAAGGAAGCGAACAAAACAAAAAAUAGCGUGGCUUACCAUCGAAAGUAAACGAAAAAAGCCAAAUACUUCCAAUGCUCUUGAAAAAUGUCAACAUGAUGGUAGCCAUUACGAAGAUCGAAAGUAAAAACCAAUCACCUGGCUGAAGAAUUUCCGCCACAACUCGAAGGUCUUCGAACUUAAACUUACGCUUGGCUAGGUGCUUGUUAAGAAAGCGAAGGUCGAGAAUCAAUCGAAGUUUGCCAUUCUUUUUAGGAACUACACCUAAGGGACUGCAAACAUGAACUUGGUCACGCUUGACUUCCACCGCGCUACCCGCCAACAACAAUUGCUCGAUAGCUUCACAAACAAAAGCUCUAUUAUCAACAGCGCUUUUAUGAUUACUAAAGAAAUACUUCAAUGGAAUUGAAACAAAUGGUAACUUAUAACCGCUUUCAAUAACACUAAGAACAAAAGAAGAGGCCCCAAUAGAACGCCAAACAUGCAAAAACUUGCGCAAGCGGCCUCGAAUCCAAAAUACUGAGGAAACGCCCGUGUCAAGUUCAGCCUUGCCGCGAUCCGAAAAUUCGUCAAAAUCAGAGUCAGCUAGUCACUUAGCGGAAGAGGAAACUUUACAAUCCUUGAUAAAAUGGCCCGCUCUGCCACAACCAAAGCAGCGAUAAACAGAAGCUUUUUUCUCCGGUACAGGAUUAACCAAAAGCUGACCAUCUGGGCGGAAAUCCACGAUUCUAUGUGAUGGGCCAAAACUAGCACUGGGGCCGUUUUUGGAAGAUGUAGACUGAGACUUAAAACGAGUUCCCAUUUUACUUCUCAGACUAUUUUUUCGAUUUCGUUUCUCCCGAGACCUCUCUGCUUCCUUGCGCGCGACACGAAGUUUCUUUUCUUCUUCGUCAUUUUUAGUGAGUGGGUCCGCCUCAAAAUAUUCUACCACGUCCCAGCCAUCCCGGUCAGCAAUAGAAAUAAGCUUAUUUCUGUUAUCAAGGAGUGACAUACCUUCGUUGGCAAUCUUAGUGAUGGCGUCAUCCGCCCCAGCCCUCUCUAAAAUCUGGUUGAACUUAUCCUUGACGUCAGUGUUGAACUUGAACUGUUUCUUGUUACUCUUAUAUUUGAACUCGGGCUCCUCCUCCCAGACUUGCGUUUUAAUGAGUCGAGCUGUUCUUUGACAACCUUGACCUCUUGCGUUUUUCGUCUCCAAGGCCUUUAAGAUUUCCUUCGCCCACGUUGGGGGCUCAGGGCUCUGCGAAGCCGGCGACUUCUACGGUCUUGACGCUCGCGGACACUCCUUGGCGGCGAAGCACUCGACCAGAACCGCUUGAAGCUGCAACAUGAGGCGAGAACUACGACGGCCUGAACCCGAUGUUCUCUUGACCUGGACGGCCGGACAACAGGGUCUUCAAUGUCGCGUUGACUCUCGAAACAUGAGAACGAACUGAAGCAGGGCGACCCACGGCCCCCCGCGCCAUAUGGACGAGAUAGGAAGAAACGAGCUAAGAAUUUAACUGUCCGCUUGUAAAAAUCCACAAUGAAACUUGUUUACUGUUCAGCGAAUAUAUACUUGCUAGUUUACAUAUCACACCUUCUUCCCAUAAUCUCACGCCGGCACUUAAAACACACUGCCGACAAAUGCACUUGUGCUUGGGAAUUCAAGAAACCAUUUAUCUUUUGUUUCAUUACGCUUCGCUACAUUCAGGCAAAGAUAAAUGAACAAUUAUUGUAAUUUUUAGCUUAUUUAGUUUGGUGAAGGGCCAUUAUUUUGUUAGCUUUUGCUGUUGUGUGUUUACCCUCUUUUAAAUGAAGUUGAUUGAUUGAUUGAUUGAUUAAUCGAUUGUAACCCCCCUGUAAUCCCCUGUAACCCUCUGUAACACCCUGUAACCCCUUGUAUCCCCCUGUAAACCCCUGUAACCAGGGCCCGGUUGUUCAAUAUCCUGAUUAGCACUAAUUUACAAUUAUUAAAUAUACUACUGGCAAUUAAAAUUUAAUCUGCGCUUAGGUUGCAUUGCUCAAAGCGUGAUUAGCGCUAAUGUAACUCUAUCCGGUGGGUUAAAUUCAAUACAUAUUCUGAGGAAGAUUAAUUCCCUAAUCAGCUGAUUAAAUUUGAAACAAACUGGCCUGCUUAUUGUUUCAUUUCCUUCAUGUGAGACAAAGAGGCCCAUGAAUUUAUCAAUACAAUCAUAGUAUACCUGCUUAUUGCGACCAAGAGCUUCAGGUUUUCUAUGGAUUCAGCAGAGCGUUGAUUUAGUACAUAACACCCAUCUCCACCCAUGUAGCAUUCUUCUUCGCAUAUGUAAUGCUGCCAGAAAAUUUAGAUCUUAUUAGGUCCAAAUUUUCCUCAACUUUUUCCGUCAAGAUGGUUAUAUCUAAGUCUGACCCAUUAUUUUUCCAUGGCUCCCUCUGCUUUCCUUUUUCUGUGGAUGCCACAUUGGAAACCUCAAGACCAAGAUGCAUUAUGGGAUACCAGUCAUCGAUUAGGGAGACAGUAGAAGUGGUUUUACGCCGACUACUAACCGUUAUUCAGCAAUUACCUAAUUGGUCCUCUAAUUAAAUCACUACCCUUUCUUACACCUGAAGCCUGAAAAAGGAAGGUACCCCUUUUGAGAGGAUCCUCCCCAAAUAGGCCAUUAUAGGGAGUACUCCCCUCCUGGGCGUUACUCUAAUAUGGGUACAAUAAAACUGGAUACACCAGUUUUGUUACCUGAAGAAUAAUAAUUGUGUAUAGUCAUGUUAUUUAAUGUAGUUUUUUUCAGUGUGUAGAGUUUAGAUGUUUAAUGGCUGAUUUUCCUUAUGUAGCAAUUAAAAUCCCAUAAGAGAGUCAAGCAGAUGGUGAAAGCAGAUACAAGCUAUGACAAGCGGGUCUUUGUUAUCAUUGGUGGUGGUGAGUUCUUAAUCUCCCUUGUUAAAUAGCAUUUACCUGGGGGAAAACCACUUAAAAGUGGUGGGAGUGCUUGUUUUACCUUGUGGGGAAAAAUUUGUGGUAUUCGCCACUUGCACAUCUCCCAUAAUGCACCUUUUUUGCCCUCCAAAAUUUUCCAGAACCUUUUUUUUCCAUUCCUCCUGGGUAUUACAGCCGUCCAAAGAGAAAUUUAAAAACAAUGCUACCCUAAAUUUGGGGGCAAAUAAGGUAUGGGAAAUGUGCAAGUGGUGAAUGACAUCAUGUGAGGUAUUUACUGUUAUUAUAGAGCUGUCAUCAUGAUGGUACCUUAAGGAUAUUGAACUUUAAAAUGACAGCUCUAUUUGUUGGCUAUAAGAUUUUUGGCAUCUUAAAAGAUUUGGGCUAUGCCCAUAUAGUGUGAUUCUGGUACCUUACAGGGUAUUUUUUGACUGUUACCCCUAUCAUUUUUAUAGGGAAACACCACCGUGUGGGUUUCAAUCCCCCCAUCUAGGCUUGAGACAACUAUGGGUGUUGAUUGUCAAUCUUCUCUCCCUCUGACUCUGCCCCCCCCCAUACAGACACACUUUGGUAGGCUGAGAAAUUCUAAGUUAGCUUCAUACGUUGACAAUUUCACUGUGAACCAAAGUCUGCAAUAACAUGUGCUGAUACAUGUAGGGUUUUGUAAUUGUUACCUUCUUGUACAAGCUAAGAUGCACCAUUCCACAUUGAAACCUCUUCAGCCAUACUUAUUCUUGUUGUUUGGUUAAGUUUUUUUCAUUUUUUAUUUAAUUUUUUUUUCUCACUGUUUUUCUUUUAAUUAAUUAAUUUAGACCUAACUGGGCUAAAAUACCACCCUCCAUCUUGGAUAUUUCUUAAAAUUACUACUGUUACAUGUAUAAUUGUUUCCAUGUCAUUGUUGCUGUCAUUGUACAAAAACUUUCAUUACUAUUUUUUAACUCAUCAUAGGUGGUUCAGCCAUGAAAGGAGCAGAAACACUCAGAGAGGAAGGAUUUAAAGGUAGCAAAUAAACUUUAUAUGGGAUGGAGCCAAUCAAAAUAGUUUUAACCUGUAAUACACACAUUUCCUUAAAGAAUUAGUCAAGAGAUUUGUGUUUAAAUAUAAGGCUGUAACAAUCCAUUGAACUAUCAAUGUGAAAUUAAUGCUGCAAUAAGCAAUAGGCCGAUUGAAACAUUGAUAACAAUCGUGAUAGUGUAGCGAACUAUUGAUAGUUUAUAUAGUUUCUAUACUUCUAACAUUUUGACCUCUUUGGAAAAAUAAUCUACCAUCCUAUUGCACCUAGACAUAGAAUGUUAAUGUCUGAUUCUUGAACCGCAUAUGUACCUGUAUUGUAUGACCAGCACUUCUUAGUUAUUUCUUAAAGUAAAGUAAGGUAAAAACAGAUAUUCUUGAAGACUAUCGCAAUACUUUAGCAAUAGUACCUCCCUUAUCGCAGUACUAUCGGAAUAGCCAUGUGGCUUAUUGCAAUACAUAUAAUUUCAAUAGUUCAAAUUUCCCCAAUGGCCACCGCUGUUUAAAGAUCAAAAUGCUCAUUUUCCUUUAAAGGGUUAACAUCUAUUUUUGUAGACACCAAUGUAAAGUUUGCAGUCUUAAAAUAAUUAUUGUACUUUCAGGCCGUGUUAUCAUGGUUACAAAGGAAUGUCACUUGCCUUAUGAUCGACCCAUUCUAAGUAAGGUUAGUGUACAGCUAACCAUUUUAUUAUGCAAAAAUUUUUUAGAAGGCCUUCUAAAUAUGAGAGCAGCAAAAUCAAGGGAAAUUAUGAAGGAUUUUAUGGAGGUCGCUUUAUUUGGCUAAAACAUCAUGGUUGAUAAACUAGCAGUAACCGGUGGUUAGGAAGUGCUGGAGAACAUGUGGGUUUACAUUAGAGACGUGAUUGAUGAGAAAUGUUCUGAUGAUAAUAUUAUUGACGGGUUUCCAAGAAAAGGGGUGCUUGUGUUUUCCUGGUAAACAGUCAAAGCGCCCAUUUUCUAGGAAAAUGUCAGCAGCAGAUCAUCAGCAUGGAAACUGAAUUGAACAACAUAGUAAACAAUGCUCAUAUAUAAUUCAGCGAUUAUAUUCACAGUUACUUAGGUACAAUUAGCCUGCGAAUGGUGAGGAGUGAUGAGAGAAGGCUGUAUUGGCAGGCAAAGAUACAAUGAAACAGUAAUGCUUGACACAAAUAAUUAUGACUGCACAAAGUCUUAUUAUUCAAUCGAAUAUUCAAUCCAUGUUCAAUGACCAAAGGCCAUUGAUCUCCAAUAGUAAAUACUGAAAAAGCUUUAGUUUACCACCGGAGUUUAAAGCCUAUUGAAGCUUUCGAGGUGACAAGCGACGUAACGUGCUUGGAAACAUGUAAAAACUUUAAAAAACCAUGCACUGAAGUGAAACCUGAAAAAACUUAAUUUACAUGGAUUUCUAAACUUUGCUAAUACUCGCAACUUACUGAAAACAAUAAAAUCAGAAAAUAAAAUAAUGUAAACCUUCAGCAAAAUUUAUAGUUUAAACUUUCCAGUGCUUGGAAAUUUUAAUACAAAAGAAGUAAAAAACCUAUCAUUGUAUUUGUUUAGCCAUGAUAUUGACGGGCAAUCAAAUGGUAUACUUCAGUUAACGUUUCUCUUUGUAGAAAUUAUCUGCCAGUGCUGAUUCAAUAAAGCUGCGAUCAGAUGAAUAUCUCAAGGAAUAUGGCAUUGAAUUCCUCUAUAAUGUUGAGGUAAGGACUUGGGUGUCAGUGUACCAUGCACUUUACAGUGAAGUUGUGAUAGCCUUGACUCUUCAGUUUCAAUUUAUAAAUGCCAUUUAAAACUAACUGAAAUAUUGUUGCUGCUUUCUUUAUUUAGGCCACCGCUCUAGAUUCUAACAAAAAGACUGUCUCGUUAAGCAAUGGGACAGAGUUAAACUAUGACAAUGUUUUGAUUGCCACUGGUGGCAAGUAAGUACUAUGAGAUAUUUUUAUAUGUAUUUUAUGUUGUUUUUGUUGUUUAGUCUGCCUCAAUGCUGAUGCCUUAGCUUUAUGUUUUGUCUUGCCAAGUUUAGUUCAGUUGAUUGUCACUCUGUUGUAUGUGUUACAGUAGGUCAAAUUUGAUUUCAGGUUAAUUUUGAUUUAGCCUACAAUCAUGGACAAAAGUCUUGGGACACUUCUGCAUUUCUGGGGCAUUUUCCAAUUCACACAGGUCCAACCCCUCCCCUCUCCCCACAAAAAAUGUUGGACGAGUGUAUCCAGAAUUUUUUCCCAAGUUUCAACUUUGUAUAGGGUGGGGGGAGAGAGAACUGCAAGAAAAUUUCGAAAAAGAUGCACUGUUUUAUGAGGGAACCAAGAAAUGACAGAAAAAUAUGAAUAUUGCAGUACUGUCCCAAGGACUUUUGUCCAUGAUUGUAGGUUGACUCUCAAUUUCCAAUGUCUCCUAGCCAUAGAAGACAAAGGAAAUUGAGAAUCAACCCAGGUUAAAAAAAUUUUGACCUGAAAUCAAAUUCAACCGGUAACAUGCAUCCAUAUCAUUUUGUGAUGAAGUCUUCUCUUUCAUUAACAGGCCAAGAAGUUUGAAUUGCCCUGGAGUUGAUCUAGAGAAUGUUAUGCUGUUAAGAAGUCCUGAAGAUGCAAAUAAGAUCGGUUUGUUUUUAACUUUACAUCAACAAUUUGAUUUUCAUUUUACAUAUUUUGCUACCUAUAGUCACAGGAAGCUAAUCAAUAGAUGGUGAGGAAAAUCAAACAAAUGGAAAGAAAGACUUAAGCUAAAUUAUUUAAAAAGCCAAAAUAAUAUAUUACAAUAUAUUACUCACAGUAUUAUUAUUUUAAUAUAACUAUUGUAUGUCUUUCCACAGUCGAGUUGGUUCCUGGAAAGAAUGUAGUCAUCAUAGGAACAUCAUUUAUCGGUAUGAAUAAUCUAACACUAAACAGCAUGUUAUGGUCGAUCCCAUUUAAUUCUUGAGUCUGUGUGAAAUCCAAUGGCAUUACCAUUCAAAUAAAACCUCUUUAGCAGAAUUUUCCCUUGGUCCUUUGUUUAUCAGCAAUUUGCAAUAGAAAAUAUGACACUUUUUUUAAAAUUUUGAUUCUGAACUCUUUACCGUAGGUAUGGAGCUGGCAUCAAAUUUUGCUGACAAGGCAGCCUCAGUGACUUGUGUUGGUAGAAGCAAUAUUCCUUUUGCUAAUAUUUUUGGAGAGAAAAUUGGUUCUAUGCUGAAAAAGGUAUUGCAAGUUGUCUUCCUGUAGUAGUAGUUAGAAAUAAGAACAAACUCUACGACACUUACAGACAGAAGAAACCCUGCAUAUGGUUUAUGAUUACAAUAUUUGUCUUUUGAAAACUAUUUUGAAAAAAAAAUACCAAUAUCUUGAGACAGAGAGGUAAAAAUGCUUAGGUGUUAGGUGAAAAAUUGUCUGGAAUCCACACAGACAAGCAAGGUUUCACUGCUAGUGACCAGACGACGAUCGAAUAGUAUCCCAUGAUGCACCUCGAUUCAUGUUAUAUUAUCACUGCGUGGGUGACACAUUAUGAUCAGUAACCUUCAGCACGCGCGAAGUGAACAUCGAUCACAGUGCUCGAUGUGGAUGGUUUCCAAACAUGUUUCGGUUCAGCAGCUUCUGCUUUUGAGAUUAUCGAGUUGGGUAAUAUUCACUGUGCUUUAAAGGAGAAUUUCAGCGUUGCUUUGACUGAGAAGGGUUUUACAUGAAUUUCACUGAUCUGUCGAGAACUACUUGUGCCGCGUUCGUUCGCACUGUAAACACAAAUUAUAAGACUCGCAAUUGAUAAGCUUCGCUAGGUUCACUAGGAGAACCCAGGCCAGAGGAGAACCAAAACUAUGACUGAUCUAUAAAGUGGUUCCAACAAAACAUCCGCUACGCUGUGAAGCUAAUUACCAAAGGAUAAUUUAUUACAGCAUCGCACUCAAAGGAGCUGAAGUUUACAAUGGCAGUUACAAAUAAAAUUUAACCUAUCGAUGCGACAAACAAUUCUCUGAAGCACAGUCUACCCGGUACUGACUCAAGCAAUCUUCAAGGAAAUUUCCUGGCCAGAAUACUGAUCUGUUCUUUUGAAUAAAUAAAGUUUCUGCAUAAUGUUUCUUUUUCAAAUUCUGAGCAGGCUUCAGUUUACGUUGUGCCGGCUUGCAUGCUGCGUGGUUCCUUUCUUUGGGUUCUUUUCACACUGAAACACACCGUUAUACACCGCUCCUUCUUCGAAUUAAAAUAAUUAUAGUCAAAUUCCUUUUAAAAAUAACCUCUUUGAAAAUACAAAGUGAUUGCUUCGGCAUAAAGCGCUCUCAAAAGCGCCCAACAGAUUGUAGCCUUCAUCAGGCGUUACACAUAUAUUAUGACACAUGGCGUUGAAAUGUGAUAAAAGAUUCGAAAUUUCAGCCAUCUUUGGUCGACAAAAAAGUCUUCAAAAUGUGGGUACUUCUGGGUACUUCUUGGCCUGUACAAUAUUCAGGACUUCGUUUUGCUGGCGUGAGGUCCACAUUUGUAAGAUUUCAACAUAUAUUCCAAAAACCUUGAAUAUUCAUGACCCGGUUGUGGGUCACUGAACACUUUGUGAUGGGAAGACUAAUUGAAACCGUGAAAAUAAAUGUUUCUAAGUGGAAACUUCGCUCUUAAGCCAUUGCAAAUCGGAGAAAUCAUGUCAAAUAACGAAAUAAUGUAAUUUUUUUACUUUUACUGGAAAUCGAGUGAGAAAAAAGCCGACGAGAAAACGACCUUAUUUCAAGAUGGAAUCUGCUAUGACUGCGAUAUUGCGUGAUGCUUCUGGAAAAAUGCAUCAUGGGAUACUAUUCGAUCCUCCUCUGGCUAGUGACGUAAGUCUUAAAAAAAUAGGAUGAAGUCAGUUAAUUUAUAUGAUUGAGUGAUUGAAGUUAUCCUGUAUGAUUUCCCUCGUUACAUUAGGAGGCUUCAAGAAAAACAUACUCUAGUAAAAUAGUUAUUGCCAACGAUAGAUUGAGGCACACAAAAAAAUUUCCAUUAUUGUGUUUUGGAGUGAAAUUUUAUGUUUGUUUUUAUUGCGUUUUCUUGUCUCCCAGGUUCAUGAAAACAAAGGUGUGAAAUUCAUCACUGAUGCAGCUGUAAAGGAAUUUAAAGGAGAAAAUGGAAAAGUAGGAAAUGUAGAAUAUUGAAUAGCAAAAUUAAUGUCGUCAUACAUUUCACCUGUUUUAUUCAGUUCUUCCUAGACCAAAAGCUGUCUCUAUUUUUUCUUAGUCCAUCAAGCGAAACGCACGAGACAGGAAAAAUAUGACCUUUUGGGGACUGAAGGCCCAUGCACUCCUUUCACUAAAUCUGAAGAAAAAAAGAGACUUCUCCCAUUCUAAGUUCUUCCUAACUUAAAAGUCGGAGUUAAGAAAACCCAUUUAUUUGGGUUCGAUUCAUGUUUCACUGUUUAAACGUUAAAAAAUCACAGAAGAAAAAUACAGUGAAGAACAAUAUAAUUAUUAAUAUUGUCAAAGAUGAAUGUUCUGGUGGACUAUCAAUCCUUUCAGUUUAGUUUUCCAAUAUUUUGACCAGGAACUUUGCUUGGAGGUAUCCAAACAUGUACUCAGUGUGGAAGCAAUGCAAGAAUACUGAUUAUACCCAAGCAAAAAAAUUAAAAUAAAAUCCUUUUCUUUGUAUGAGCAUUACAACGUGCCAUUGUCUUGUAUUCACCCCCUCUCAAUAAAUGCCCUUUCUUUCUCCCCUGUAGCAUCGAAGUAGGCAUGAUUGAGUUAGUUUGUGGUAAAACUCUGUUUUAUCAUUUAGUUAACAGCAGUUUGCUUCGACAAUGGCACAGAAAUUCCUGCAGAUAUUUGUAUUCAAGGUGUAGGUAGGUUGUACUUUAUUGACAUGGUUUAAUGCUGAUUUUGAUAUUAUAGUGAAAUGCAUUAAUGAAUUAUUGCACAUGAAAGAUGAAAGAGCAUGUGAUAUGUUAAAUGAUCACUCUAAGGCUUAGUCUGCUACACAGCCGUUUUUAGUGCAACGGGGAGGAGCAUUGCGUGACGACACUAAAAACGGCUGUGUAGCAGACUAUCUAAGGCUUGACUUGGAAUCAAACCUUGGCCUUUGUAAUGAUUGGACGCCACACACUACCCAACUGAGCCAGUCAAGCCAACAGGAUAGUAGGCCAUUAUUGUGAAUUUUUAAUAUUUCUGAUAGUUGAAAUAAAAAGAGAAGAAAUUUUGGAUUGAAUCAAUAAAGUGCAAAUGGAAAAGUUAUCUUGUAGUCAGUUGAUUUACCCAUUGAUCCUUCCAAAAUAAACGGGAAGGCUUUUUUUAAGUGGAGUCAAGUAGUCUAAACAGGCCUACGUGUUUAGAAAGUGAAAAGGACGCGCACCUUAGUAGUAAGAAUUGAUUUUUUGCUCGCUCACGUCUUUCGCUCACUCUGCCAUCUCUGAGAAAAUCAGUUAUUUCUGAUAUUGCGAAUUAAAGGCAAAUGGGCUAGGCAAUGAAAAGAACUUACUUGAUUCUCUGUUGUGUGUAGUGUAAGUGGUUGCCUUUGUCUUCUCUAGGUGUUAUCCCUUCUACGGAUUUCUUGAAGUCUAGUGGAGUACCAUUGUCCAGUCGUGGGGAUGUAGUUGUUGACAAAGUAAGUGAUGCAAUUUAGGCAAAUCAGCCAUGAGUAACAAGCCACUAACUUAACAAGUGCAGUAUAAAAAUAUCCGCAUAGAACGGAGAAGAAGCUUUCCAAGGAAACACUCAACAAAUUUUGAUAUGGGGAGGUUUUGCCCUGUGGCCCAACCUCUUACCCUUUCAAAUACUAGUUUUUACAGACAAGCUACCCAUUUCGUAUACCUUUCAUUGGUAAAUGGUACCUCUUUCACUACCAAAUAUAGAACGCUGAAGAAUACCUGAAGCCUGAAAAGGUAUCCUUUUCGGGCGGAGCCUCCUCGUAUAGGCCAUUAAAGAGAGUAACCCUUCCCCGGGGCCUCCCGACUGAAGCUUGAUGAAUGUGAUCUGCACUGUCAGUGGGCCUCCCCUCUUCCCACAUACCCCUCCCCUUUCUUCUUCUUCUUUUUCUUCAUCUGUUGCAUUCCUCCCCCACCUCUUCUCGUCCCAUCCCAGCUUACCUCACUAAUAAACGUAGCUAAAGAAUUACAUCCUGCACAGAACCAACAGUUACUCGAAGACUAUUUUGGGAAUUUGAGGCCCAUUUCCCCACAAGCAGAAAACUAAUUUAAUGUUGUUUUUACGAAGCUCCAAAGAUAUCGAAGAAUAGGUCAGUUAGGUAGCUGUUCGUCAUAGUCGGAAGUGACGGCUGCUUCUGGUGGGAGGUGGUUGGGGCGAGGAGAGGAAGUAAUGCUUUUCGCUUCCGGCUGCUUUGUUUAAAAACGUCUUGUAAUUUUUACAGUACCUGAAGUCAUGCGAGGGUGUGUUUGCUGCUGGAGAUAUUGCACACUUUCCUCUAAAGAUGUUGAACGGAGAGGCGGUUUCUAUCGGUCACUGGCAGAUCUCUCACAAGCAUGGUGUGUAUGGCUUUUUUAUUCGCCACUUUGCCACAGAAACGAGAAGGAAACUGGACCGAGUUAACUUUCGCAAAGACUUCUGGGACUGUUACUAGGGGAAGGGGAAAAAUUGGCCAAUAGCAGAACGACGCGUCACUAGUAAGGAUCCCAAGAAACAAUUGCAGGACGCUUUUUGGCUUCAGUUCCCUUUUCGUUGCUAGAGUAGCUAAUUCUUCAGCUGUUGAUUGCUCAAAACGCACUUCCUGCUUUGUAGACUGCGAGCAGUCCCUCAGGAUGGUUACGCGAGCGAGGAAAUCGAGCGAAGCGAGCGAAAGCCGAGGGGAAGCUGGGGAGGAGGCGCCUCUCUCCAGUUUCCCUCUUGGCCAAUUCGCUCUCUCCAGUCCUGCCGAGCUUAGACUCGACUGACUGAAGAGGGACUGCUCGCAGUCUACCUGCUUUGUUCACUUCUGUCGGGAACUUUCAUGUCAUGCACUGCAUUGUGUUUUCAUUCAGGUCUCACAGCUGCGCGUAACAUGCUUGGACGAAAAGAAGAGAUCAACACUAUUCCUUUCUUUUGGACUUCGCAAUACGGCAAGAGUAUCCGAUAUUGUGGUAAGUUAAACUCAUUGUUAACUCAUCUGCAACAUCGAUUUGUUAUUAUUUUAGAUCUGAAACUGGUGUAAGUAUUGGUUCUUUAACUUAAUUCAUAUUUCUUUAAAAUACCACAAAGGCAAGGCCUCAGGAGCUGUAAUAACAUUUUUUAGUCCCUGUGCAUACCUCUGUUUUAAUCUUUACCAAGGGAUGUAUGUACUUAGAUGAGCCCAGGAUCGGAAGAAGGGAAUGAAAGAAAGACUACUUUAAGCAAAUUCAAUUUUUCUUUGCCUGGCUUUAGUUCAACUCGACUCAAAGAACCUGGGAACGAGGUUGCAAGAAAAUAAUGAUUUCAUCACUCACCGCGCAUGUCUCGUCACUUCCGUCAACGCUUGUCUCUUGAAAGACCAGCUAGAGCGAGAAACAGAACAGUGGUGCAUAGCGAAAAAAAAAACUGCAAGGAAUUGUUUUCUUGACAAGACCCUCUUUUCAUAAUCAUCGUCUUUAUGGUCAUCAUCAUCAUCAUUACAUUCACUAUUACAGUCAGUAUCAUCAACAAAUCACCGUCCAUCAUCAAGAGAGUCAUCUUUUAUCAUUAAGUGCGAGAAAAAAGGUGUGAGAGAAAGUGGCGCGAGAUUUUUCAUCCAAUAGCGAAGUCGUGACUGGUUUUGGUAUACACUCUGAUGGUGGAGAAAAUUUAGAUUUUUUGACUGGUUUUAGUAUUUAUUCUGACUGGUGAAAAAAUCACAAAGUCAUUACCAGUUUCGGUUUGGGUGCUGAAAACUGAGUGAGAUUUUCAGCCAAUCAAAAGGGUAAGCAUAGGAAUCCUAAGUCGAGGACGGCCCUUGAAACGAGAUGCCAGCUUUUGAAUCUUCAUUGGCAAAUAACUUUACCAUGUUCAGUUGAUGAAAUCAUUUUGUUUUGUUUCAUUCCCCCUGCGAGGCAGCAGCAUAGUUUCUUGUAGACUAAAUACUUGACCAUAACAGUUAUGUAAUUACUUUCGAUACUCAACUGUAACGUGCUGUAUUCCCAAAACAACCACUUGAUUUGUUUUGCUGUGUUUUAGCCCUCACAACGUGGUGACAUUUAGCCACCAUUUCACAGUGUGCUCUCCUUCAGGCCUGCCUUUUAAUUCACUCUUUUUGAUUCUAGGUCAUGCAAAAUCUUUUGAUGAUGUUAUCAUCGAAGGAGAUGUAGAUGAACAGAAAUUCACAGCUUACUAUGUCAAGUGAGUCUACUAGGUUUCUUUGAUGCUGCUCAGUCCACGCGCCAGUCGUUAACGACUGGUUUUGAUUCGUUUCCUGUAACGCACUAUACACAUAAGACAGCCUAACAGAAAGCCUGUACACCAUAUCAGUAGCUGUAGGGCAAACUAGAACUAUACCUAAUAGGCGUGGUCUAUCAUAUUUCUUUAUCGUUCAGAAGUCACUUACAGGUAGUAGUAGCAGUAGUGGUAGUGGUAGUGGCAGUUGUCGUGUUCAUGGUUACUUUUACAAUCUGUACAAGACAUGACGCUGAUUUAGUGCUAAUAUUGGCUUACUAAAAUUUAGAGAGGGCUUUACAAUUCAUAUAGUAAUGGAGCUCACAAACGGACUGAUAUCCGCAGUCAGUGUGGCGCUAUUAUAUGCUUAAUGUUCAUCAUUACCUUACCUUACCUUACCUUACGUUACGUUACGUUACGUUACAUUACAUUACACCUCGAGCCCGAUUUUAGUAAAAUCCAACUAGUUGGUCAAAAAUAUCGAGACAAAACAACUUUAGCUAGCAAAACGCGAUUCAGCCGCCAUUGUUUUGGUUUUAAAAGCCGGCGCUUUUCGCUACUAGAGGGCUAUAACAUAUAGCCUAGUAGUAGCUCAACCAAUCAGAACGCAACAUUGGUAAUAGGCAACUAGUUGGAUUUUACUAAUACAUUACAUUACCUCCAUGCUUGAUAGUUUUGUCUCUUGUUUCUCCAGAGGUGACCGUGUUCUAGCUGUAGCUACCAUGGGGCCUGGGAACGCCUGUGCUAAAGCAGCUAAUCUGAUGUUUGAAGGAAAAAUGCCUUCUGGUUCUGAGAUAAAGUAA